CUCAUGUAAUGAGUAGCCAUUGUUGCCCUAAGGGUAUCUAUUUAUAAAUUAAAUCUGUUUUAAUUAUGAAAUUUGAAAGUUAUCCUCCUAAAGAUGAAAGUAUUCUGAACAUACGAAACAUCCGCAGAGGGUACUAUAAUGUUAUUUUCAAAUUAUAUUAGCUCAUAAACUAUGUUUUCACCAAAUAUAGAGCGGCUGUGCAAUUUCAAGGACAGCUAUCUCGGUUUCAGCUUUUUCUAUGGAAGAAGCCAAACUGAUAUAUAUUUAGAAAUAAAAGGCAUUGUUCAGGCAAUUUUAAGCUGUCGACUUUCUGCAUGAAGUUUUGUCACUCAUAGCUUUUGAAAUAACAAAGAUACCACUGAUGUACUAUUUAUUACAAAUUCGUAUAAAUGAGUACUUAUCAAUAAAAUGAGUCCAAGCUCUCCCAAAAAGAGGCCUGUUAACAGAUCAAUUUUUCCUAUGAAAUCAAAAAAGAAUCCGGGUGAGAGCAGGAUGGGUGGUGUAAAGGACACACGGUCGUCUUAUUUUGUGAACAUGAAUGAUGAAGCCCUUGUGGCUGAGUUCGAAGCAAUGGACCUAUUCAUGGAACCAACUAAUGGUGUUGUGCAGCCUCCUGUCUUCCCCCCGGAAAACAAGCCUCAUCGUAACACAAAUAGCUUGCAAUUCAUCCUCAAGACAGUUCUAAAGGCAAUCAACAAACAUAACUUUGCAUGGCCAUUUCAAAGUCCUGUGGAUGCAGUCAAGCUCAAGCUUCCAGAUUAUCAUAGCAUAAUUAAAUACCCCAUGGACUUAAAUACAAUAAAGAAACGAAUAGAAAAUUGUUUUUACUAUGAUGUAAAUGAAUGUAUCAAGGACUUCCAAACAAUGUUCUAUAAUUGCUAUCGAUACAACAAAGCAGGUGAAGAUGUUGUUCUUAUGGCUCAAACAAUUGAAAAAGUUUUUGUGAAAAAACUUGAAGAACUACCGUCGGAGGAAGUUGAACUACCAAUGCCUGUAAGACCUCUUCCUGGAAAAGGAAAAGGGAAAAAAGGAAAAGGUGCUGGCCGGCCAAAAGCAGCAGUUGAUGCAGCAGCUUCUACGUCACUUAAUUCAAAGUUGUCUCCAGUUAUUUCACCUGGAGCCAAGAACUGUGUCUCGCCUCCUGCAGCCACUGCACAUCCAACACCUGCUCCACCUCCCACACGGACAACCGCCCCUUAUACCAUUCCAGGGAGUACGAACACGCCCACCACUUUGUCCGUGCCAUCCCCUUCUGCAUCUCCUCCAACGCUCAGGCAUUCCAGCUACUCAUCAACCAUUGAUAAUCAUCAUCAUGCACCUCACUCUAGAGCUGCAGCAGCCGCCAAUGAAAAUCUCAAGCCAACUACAAGAACACCAGACAGUGUUACUGCAACUACACCUACAAAGGCAAAAAAGGGUGUCAAGCGGAAAGCAGACGCUAUUAUGCCUGCAAGUUCUGUCAUAGAAGUAGCAAUACCUCCAGCUCCACCUGAUAAAACUCCUAAAAUAUCAACGAGGCGUGAAAGUGGUCGACCAAUUAAAAAACCAUCAAAAGAUCUCCCAGAAACACCUGUAAUUGUUGAGCCCAACCAUUCAAAGUUUAAGAAGAAUAAAAUGUCAGAACAGAUGAAAUAUUGUCAUAUAGUUUUAAAAGAAUUGUUUGCAAAAAAACAUGGGGGUUAUGCAUGGCCAUUUUACACAGUGGAUGUCAAACUUUUAAACCUACAUGACUAUUAUGAUAUAAUAAAAACUCCAAUGGAUUUAGGAACUGUAAAAAGUAAAUUAGAAGAUAGGCAAUACAAAACACCUUCAGAAUUUGCUGCUGAUGUUAGGUUAAUAUUUACAAAUUGUUACAAGUACAAUCCCCCUGAUCAUGAAGUUGUGGCAAUGGCAAGAAAGCUGCAGGAUGUGUUUGAAAUGAGGUAUGCCAAAAUGCCUGAUGAGCCGUGUCAAAUGGAAGUUACUCCUGCUGUUACACCGGUAAAAGAAGAAGUAAGAACACGCUCCAGCUCUGAAUCUUCAUGUAGCUCAUCAAGUGACUCUGAUGAAGAAAAGAGAGCAAGAGCACUAAAAUUACAAGAAUUGCAAGAAGAGCUCAAAAAAGUCACUGAGGAAAUCAACAAUCUUGCCAAACAAAGUGGUCACAGGGAUAAGAAGAAGAAAAAAAGGAAGAAGAAAAAAGUCAAAGACGAACCACCUGAUCCUGUGAAAGAAGAGAUUGAUGUUCAAACUGUAACUCCCACAUUGCCACCACCUUCAUCUUCACCUGUCUAUCCACCUCAAGCUCCUCCACCUCCAGUUGAAAAAAGUCAGUCAAAAUCUCAAAAACAAGGAAGGACAAAAAGUACUGCAGCUGCUAAAGCUGUUAAUACUCCAAAGCAGACAAAUCAGAAUAAACGUCAAAGAGCCAAUAGUAAACCACGUAAAGCAAAGCAACCACCAGCACCUCCACAGCCUCCACCUCCUGUUCUGCCAGCGGUUGAUAGUGAAGAAGAAGAUAAUAAUGCUAAACCAAUGUCGUAUGAUGAGAAGAGGCAGCUGAGUUUAGAUAUCAAUAAGCUUCCAGGUGAUAAACUAGGCCGUGUUGUACAUAUUAUACAGUUUAGAGAGCCAUCCUUAAGAGAUUCCAAUCCUGAUGAGAUUGAAAUUGAUUUUGAAACACUGAAACCUUCCACACUACGUGAGUUAGAAACCUAUGUUGCAUCAUGCUUAAGGAAGAAGCCGCGUAAGCCUUAUGGAAGGAACAAGGGUAGUGGGAAAAAUAAGGAAAUGGAUGCCAAAGAAAAAAAACAGGAGCUUGAAAAAAGAUUGCAAGAUUGCAGUGGUCAACUACAUUCCAAUAGUAAAAAAAGCAGUAGGAAAGAUUCUGAUAGUUCACAUAUAGAUGUAGUUGGAGGAACAGGUACUCGAUUAAGUGCAAGUAGUAGCAGCACUACUGAUAGUGACAGUAGUAGCAGCAGUAGCUCUAGUAGUUCUUCAGAUACAAGUGAUUCUGAAAAUGAUAUUAAGAAACCAAAGGUGGAAGAAAAUCAGCUGUCCAAUCUGGAACCUCCCCUCCUGAAUCCGCCUUCAGGACCUGUUGGGGCAUCCUCUCAUGGCCCACCAUCACUAGGAGGUCCUGUAGGAACUUACCCUCCUCCCACAGCUCUACCGGUUAACAAUCAUAAUGCAUAUGUCCACCCUCAAAACCAGCUUCCCACAUUUCCAUCUUCUCAAAGUCCACCGCAAUUGCAACCAACUGUAGAACAACAGUCAGAAAAUGCUAUCUAUCCUGUUGUCAAUCAACAAGCUGCUAGUAUUCCUUCACGCCCCCCUGUUGUUGCCAGUCAUAAUCUUCCACAACAACCAUCAAGGCCUACAGCUACUGCUACUGCAGCUCCUGUUAAGAAAAAUGUUAUUACUUCACAACCAAGGCCGCAAAAUUCUGUUCCUGUUCCCGCUGCUUCUGUCACUCCACCUUCGUGUCAGGCUCCUGUGCCAACUCCUAUUAACCCUGUUCCUUCCGAGCCAUCACCCCAACCCCCCAGCACCCCGCCUAAACUUACCCCAGCAGCAGAGCUUCGAGCUAGAACUCCUCAGAUCCCUACUCCUCCUUUAGAUCCUACUACGCCUCCUCCUUUGCUAUCAAAGCCUCGAGAAAGGAACAAUGAGACUGAAACACCUAUAACUAAUGCCUAUUCUAGUGCAAAAGCUCCAGAACUCACUGCACAAUCAGGUUUGCCCAAUUAUAAUGUUGGAAAUCAAGCACAAGUAAUAAGUUCUUCAGUUACUAAUGGAGAGAAGAAAAUGGAACAGAAGCCUUCUCCAGUCUCUUCCACACCUAAUGCGAAAAAGCCAGCUGAAUCAAAACUGAAAAAUUUGAGUUCCUGGUCCAGUAUUGCUCAGUCAGCCAACAGUCCAAGCACUAGUAAUGCAACAGCAGCUUUUAAAACCAAUGCAAUGGACAGCUUUCAACAGUUUAAAAAACAAGCAAAAGAGAAAAUGGAUAAGCAAAGACAACUCUAUGAGCAACAAGAGUUAAGGCGACAUCAAAAAGAACAGGCUGAAAAAGAAAGGCUAAGGAUGGAGCGAGAGAAGCAAAGGGAAAGGGAAGAAGAAGAAGCGUUGGAACGUGCUCGCAAGACGCAGCAACAGCAGCAGGCAGCACAACAGCAGCAAAAAGAAGUUGUGGUUUGUAAACAAGAAUUGCAACAGCCAGUAACACCUGUUGCUCCCAAAGUUGAGCCUCCAUCCCCGGUGCCAUCCCCUGCUAUAAGUGAAAGGGAGGAACUUAGGAGGCUUGAACAAGAAAAAAGGAGAAGAGAAGCAAGAGCCAGUCAUAUUGAUAUGAACAGGCAAAGUGACAUAAUGGCAACUUUUGAAGAAAAUUUGUGAUGGUUUUUGUUGUGCUUUUAAAAGGUAGCUGGCAGUCUACUUGAAAGUUGAGUCAAGUUCUUGUACAUAAUAUGCAAAAAAAACUCGUGGUGCUGCAAACCACAUGUUAAUAUAUGCUUGUGCAAAAAUGUGUAUAUUUGAUGCAAGCACAUGUGUACUGUGGUAAUUAUCAUGGAUACAUAUUCUGUAUGCCUUGAAUGCAAUAUUUCAUUCCUUAUCAUCUGGGCUUUUUAUGCCCAAGCAGUCAAAAUGCAGAGACAUUUUAAAGCGAUUCACUUUGUAUAAAGACAUUGUUCAUCAGAGAAAUUACAUCAUACGAGAGGUAGGAGCGAGACUCAGGAUUAUGUUAAUACUCAUCUCCAUACAUGAUGAAUCCUCAACUCAUCUUAAAUUUUAGCAAUAGUGAAAAAAUGUAUUUAAAAAAAAACUAAGAAAAAUAUACUGCUUUUCUACUUGUUCAUUUUGCAAACCAUAGUGAUGUGAAUUUUUAGAAUUAAUUUUGCGGAAUUGGAGAAAUAGGAUUUAUUUGAAUAUUGUACUGUGCUAAAGCAAGUGGAGAGAAUUAAUUGUUCACAUCCAACAUUCUACUUUUCAAAGAAGAAAACACUUGUGAGAAAGGGAUCAGUACCUGCAAGUCCUCAGUGGCUUAAAUUCAAAAAAAAUGGGUGCAAAUAUCAUUGCUAAUGAAAUACACAGUCUUUCCAAUGUAAACCCAGUAUAUAUAUAUAUAUAUAGAAUUUUGUAACUUUGCCUAAAGGAUGAAGAAAAUUAAUUUAUUGAUGAAGGAUUGUUUGUCUGCUUGUGUAUAUAUUUUGAUGUUAGUGCAAGGUACUGUCACUUCAAUAGAAAGUAUGUCCAAGAGAAAACAUUUUUGUAACUGUUGCAUUACCUUGCAUGUCCUAAUAUUUUAAAAUAUAAUUUGACGUCUCACUACCUCUUGUCUUAUUUAUUUGUCAUAAAAACAUAUAAAAUGCAUUUAUUUUAUUGCUAACGUAUCACAAUUGUUUCAUUUGUGGUGUUCGGUAGAUAAGUGUUUUUAUCUCAUUGUAAUCAAUCUACGUCAUCAAUAGCGUAUCAUCAAGCUCGGACAGUGUUCCGAUUUACAAAGUCAUUUGUUUAUUUUCAUUUGUUGAAAAGUAAAUUAUAAAAAAGAUUUUAUUUGUGUAUCUUUGCUUUAGUCAGUAGAUAAUGAAUUCACAAAUUGUAGAUCUACUGAAAAAGCAUAGAACCAAUCUUCGUGACAAGUGAUAUUGUCUUUUUCUGAAUACUUUUUACAACUGAGCUUUUCUAAUAAAAUAUUCUAAUGUAAAACCCUAAAUAAAAAGCAAUUACAUUUCAUUUUCCUUUUCAUGUGUUAAAACACGUAAAUACAAAGUCUCAAUUUCUCAUCUUCUU